AUGGGAAAGCUUAUCGGCAUUUUCGCAUGUUUCUUGAUAGUGACUUUGGACGUCAUUGCCGGCAUUCUCGGAAUCAAAGCCGAAGCCGCUCAAAACCAGGAAAAGCAUUUGAGGCUAUGGAUAUUCGAGUGCAAAGAGCCAAGCCAUGAUGCAUUCGUCCUUGGUGUAGCUGCGGCUACUCUUCUUGCAUUGGCUCAUGUUUUAGCCAAUUUGGUGGGAGGGUGCAAUAUUUGCAGCCAAGAAGAGUUCCAUAAAGCUCCACCUAGCAAGAAGAUCUCUGUGGCUUGCCUUGUUUUCACUUGGAUAAUAGUGGCGGUUGGGUUGUCGAUGCUGGUGAUUGGGACAAUGGCGAACAGAAAGUCGAGGGCUUCGUGUGGAUUCACGCACCACCAUUUUCUAUCGACAGGCGGGAUUUUGUGCAUGGUUCAUGCACUCUUUGCAGUCGCCUAUUAUGUUACUUCAAGUGCUUCAUUGAACGUAGUUUGA